UCAGCUCUUCCUCUGAGCAGUUCAAAUCAAGAACUGAGAAGAGAGCUGGCGAGCCUUGGCAUGCAAGCUGCUUCCCCCUGCCAAACUGCAUCUUGUGGGAAAGGCUGGAGGAUGGGUGUUAGAGGCUGUAGUGGUAGCAGGAAAGUGAACCCAGAAGGUGGAGGCACAUGACGGUCUGUAUGCCUCUGCAUAGGAGCGCCCUAGCUGAGGGCACUUGCAAAGUAGAAACUGCCUCUGUGAUCCUCUGUGCACGGAUAUGAAUGGAGAAGCUGCAGGGGUUUGGGAUGCUCAGUGGCAGGGUUGGCAAGGGAGAGGAAGAACAGAGCAGUGUGAAGGAAGGCUGUGCCUCUGAGGAAGUGGAAGGUGAUGGGGAGUGGGUUCAAGGGAGAAGAAAGACAGUGCCUAUUGGGUCCUUGUGAGCGUUCAGGGUUUGGAAUGUGGUGGCUCAGACUCAGACUGUGUGUGUGUGUGGUUUUGAGCUAGUAUCACUAUGUAGCCUAAGCUAGCCUUGAAUUCUCCAUCCUCCUGCCUCAGUCCUCCAAGUGCUGGGUGGGAUGUGCCACCAUAUCUGAACAGACUUUCAUGUUCUUGAUAGGAACUCUCAAGCCUCUGCCCCUAAAGUAAACUUGCAAAUCAGAUUUUUCAUACACCUCAGGGACUUCAUAGACCCUGAGACUCAUCCAUGGACUUGCAUGGACUCCAGGUUUGGAAUAGGCUUAGCCUUAGUAGCAUUAGUACCAUGGUUAGAGGAUGACUGUGCUCUAGGCUCCAUUCUAUGCCCCUUGCAUGAUGGACCUUUUAGUCCAGUCAUCUGCCUCCUGUGACAGGUCCUGUGUUUCUUCAGAAAGAAAUGGAGGCAAAGGGCAGUGAUGUGUCCAGGGGAGUUAUUAUGUGGUUCAUAACUGCUCUUCCAUGUCACAGCUGUGGAAUCAGUGACAAUAACUUGGUUAGACUUAUGACAGCCACAUACAGAAUAGUUUUUAGAGGAGAUUCAAAAACAAGGUGACCGUUCAAGAAAGUAUUUCAGGUUUAGGUGAUAGAGGCUUCAUCAAAACUUUGUAAGUCUUUGUUAAAGAGAAGAGAUCCAAUUAAAGUAAUGCCUGGAACAUAAAAAUCUUUAGAACUCAGAUUCAAAGGACUGAGGAUAAACAGAGAAGGGGGUGGGUCUAGAGCAAACCCUGGAUUUUUGGCUGAAGUAUCCUGAGUGACCCCCAACUAAAGGAUGAAUUCAGGAGGAGGUAACAGUUUACUAGGGAAAAGGGUGGUCGAGGCAUGCAAAAGCUUUUGUGCGUGCUAUGUCUGAGGUCACUCAAAGGAGACUCGCAGGAAUACCUUGAGACGGUAUUAGAAUUGUUGGAGGGUGGAAAUCGUAGAAUCAAGACGACCAGUCCUGGCACAGAGGGUUUAAGAGGUAAAUCCCUGCAUGUGAGUCCCCAGGGUUGUUGUAGAAGGUGGUGCUGGCUGGGGGGGCAGUAAGGGGGCGGGCAGCAGGGCCCUGCACCGCUGGGGAGGAGAGAGGAGAUGUUCUGAGUGACGGCACCAGCUCUAAGCAGCAGAGCUUCUGCUGACCACAUAGUUUAGUGACAAAAAAUGAGAAACCAGAAAAGUGGCAGAGCAGCCAGCAAGGGAGAGCUGGUGUCUCUUUCUCAAACUUGAGACUGCAGUUGUGGCAGGAAUUGGAAAGGAUAGGGAGACCCCAGGCCUCAUCAUCACUGAACUUCCUUCCUUGGCUAGUGGUGCUGGAACAGAGACUCUGGAGCCCAUGGCUGGGGGUCUAUGAGGGGAGUCAAGAAGCAAAGGAGAUGGAAGCCCUGGUUGCCUUUGGUCAGGGCCUGAGCCAUGGAAUUGGCCCUAGGGCAGCAGGAACCUGUUGUUUCAGAAGUUGGUGACUUUUGAGGACGUGGCUGUGUACUUCACCCAGACGGAAUGGGGCUUUCUGUCCCCUGCGCAGAGGGCCCUGUACAGGGAUGUAAUGCUGGAGAAUUAUAGGAAUGUGGCCUCCUUGGGAUUUCCACUUUUCAAACCUGCUGUGAUCUUACAACUAGAGGAAAGAGGUGAUCUAGGAGGCCUAUCUCAACUGGCCACUGGAUCUGGAACAGACCCCCAGGGCCUCUGGACUGUAGAUACUGAUACCUGGACUGGCAAUAAUUUGACAAAAGAAAUGUGUGAAGAAAAAGAGAGUAUAUCAUUUAAACUUCAGAAAGACUUUUCCCAGGAAGCAAACUUUUCAGAAACCUGUAUGCUAGAGCAUCAACAGGAAAUACGCUCAGCAGCAGAUGUGAAAAAGGAAAACAACAGUGCCACUGAUGGGCUAGUAAAAGUUGAGACAAGCUCUGUGGAGGAGUAUUUAUUUAAUCAGACUCCAAACUCACCCCAGUACCAUACCAUCUCCACUGGAGAACAGGAUCCUGAGUGUAUAGGACUAGAUAGAGCCCUCAGCUCUAACACAAAACUUAUUAAGGAUGAAGUAAUUACUACAGAGGAAAGACCUUUGAAAUGUGAAGAAUCAGUGGAAACCUUUAGAUGUGACUCUCAAGCUAAUCAGAACCUAGAAAGCUGUACUGUGGAGAAGCCUUAUCAGUGUACAGAGUGUGGCAAAGCAUUCAGUGUUAAUGCAAAAUUAAUUUGGCAUCAAAGACUUCAUAAUGGAGAGAAACCUUUCAAAUGUGUGGAGUGUGGGAAAUGUUUCAGCUAUAGUUCACAUUAUCUCGCACAUCAGACAAUCCACAGUGGAGAGAAACCUUAUCAGUGUAAGGUGUGUGGAAAAGCCUUCAGUGUUAAUGGGAGUCUAAGUAGACAUGAGAGGAUCCAUACAGGAGAGAAGCCCUAUCAAUGCCAGGAAUGUGGAAAUGGCUUCACCUGUAGUUCUGCGUAUAUUACACAUCAGAGAAUCCACACUGGGGAGAAACCUUAUGAAUGUAAAGACUGUGGGAAAGCUUUCAAUGUCAAUGCAAAAUUAAUUCAACAUCAACGAAUUCACACUGGAGAGAAACCUUAUGAAUGUAAUGAAUGUGGGAAAGGCUUCAGGUGCAGCUCCCAGCUUAGGCAGCAUCAGAGUGUACAUACUGGAGAGAAACCCCAUCAGUGUAGUGAAUGUGGAAAGGCCUUCAAUAAAAAUGCAAAACUCAUUCAACAUCAAAGAGUCCACACAGGUGAGAAACCCUUUGAGUGCAGUGAGUGUGGAAAGACCUUUAGUGCCAAAGGGAAGUUAAUCCAACACCAGAGAAUACACACAGGUGAGAGGCCCUAUAAAUGUAACGAAUGCGGGAAAGCUUUUAGGUGUAACUCCCAGCUUCGGCAGCAUCUGAGAAUUCAUACUGGUGAGAAGCCAUAUAAGUGUAAUGAGUGUGGAAAGGCCUUCAACGUUAAUGCGAAACUGAUGCAGCAUCAGAGAACUCACACAGGAGAGAAACCCUUUGAAUGUAAUGAAUGUGGAAAGUGCUUUACUUCUAAAAGAAACCUACUUGAUCAUCAACGAACCCAUACUGGAGAAAAGCCUUAUCAAUGUAAAGAAUGUGGAAAAGCCUUCACUAUCAAUGCCAAGUUAACUAGGCACCAGCGAAUACAUACCGGGGAGAAACCUUUCAAGUGUAUGGAAUGUGAGAAAGCAUUCAGCUGUAGCUCUGACUAUAUUGUGCACCAGAGAAUCCACACAGGAGAGAAACCCUUUCAAUGCAAAGAGUGUGGAAAAGCCUUCCAUGUCAAUGCUCAUUUGAUUCGACAUCAGAGAAGCCACACUGGGGAAAAACCUUUCCGAUGUGUAGAGUGUGGCAAAGGCUUCAGCUUUAGUUCUGACUGUAUUAUACACCAGACUGUCCAUACUUGGAAGAAAUCAUAUGUGUGUAAUGUAUGUGGCAAAGCUUUCAGGUUUAGCUUCCAACUUAAUCAGCACCAGAAUGUUCACAACGAAGGCAAAUCCUAAUAGAA